AAGUCUUCACUGUCUUUUCACGUUUAAAAUGACAGCACCUUCGAAAAAAUUCUUCUUUUCUUUUCUUCUCACUCCAGAUCCAGACAACAAGAAGACACAGAAAUAUAGGGCAGCCGGGACAACACAAGACAAGUUACGUUUUGUGUACGCCGAAGCCGCUCCAAGCUCCAACAUGGAUCCCACUUCGACAUUCAUAAUAAGCGAGAACAACACAGAACACAGAACAACGAACAAGGAACAACCACCACCCAUAUUGUCACAUUCUUUGACAUUGCUCUGCUCUGGCUCUGUCUCAGUGUCAGUACGUUUGGUCGGUACUUUAUGCCUCUGCCUGCACUGCAAUGAGAUUCUUUCUCUUCAGUCAGCUUCAGGAGAAGGAGAGUGGAAGGAAAAUAUAAUAUUGAAACUGAAGGAGUUUGUGUGUGAAAAUAUCAAUUAGUUUAAUUGAUUGUGAGAGAGAUAGUUAUACAAAUUUGAGCCGAUAAAGUGAAUAAGGUAGAUCAA